UCAGACUUACAUUUUAUGCAAAACUGACAACACGUUCAAAUGAUUACUUUCAAACCUGUAUUCAUAUGUUGCAUACUCUGCAUGAAUGUAAAAAUAUGCCGUUCGGCAAUGCGAACAUUACAGGUAGAACAUAUCUUUAACAAUAAAAUCGUGUUGGAUAAUCUACUAGCAGAAUACAGCGACUUCUCGCGUACGCUAUGUUCCACUGUUUGUUCUCAAGAAAACUGUGAGUGUUUCGGUUUCAACUCAGUCACAGAAACAUGUCGAAUUCACUACUUUUGUAGACCAGAUAAUAUAUUGUUAAAUGAAUCAGGAUGGAAAUAUUACAGAUCUAGAACAGGAUGGGAAACAUUUAUAAACUCUGAAUACUUUGUGGGCUUAGAUGCUGUUACGUGGAAUGAGGCCAAGGGGAACUGUACGAUAAAGGGGACAAAAUUAGUUGAAGUUGAAUCUUCUGAAGAAAACACUUUUAUUUUAACUAUGGCUGUAAAAAUGACAAAAAGCGUUUGGCUGGGAGGAACCGACCAUCAGGUAGAGGGAAAAUGGGUGUGGCAGUCGACCAACUCUGAGCUCUCAUACAGCGCUUGGGAGAAGAUAUCUGGACAACCGAAUAACUUAAACAACCAGGACUGUCUCUGUCUUGACCGAAGUCUCGGCUUUGCCUGGAGUGACAGGGAAUGUUGGAUACGGUAUCAAUAUUUCUGCGAAAGGGAGCUUUUUACAGACUCAUAAAAUUGACAUUAUUUUAAGUUUAUCAUGCUGAAUUUAACUUUUGGUAUAAAGGGUAAAUGUAUUCAGUACUUAUUAAAACUUAAAGUUUUAUCAAAAAAUGAA